GGCUCAGGAGAACGAGAGAAUAGUACACAUUCUGCUUUUUUGCCUAGCGCGUCUACUAACUGUAUAAUACUUCAGUUGAGAUUUUGCGUCCACUUCUGUUGCUGUUCAUUGCAAAUGCGUCCGCUCAUCAAUUGCAUUAAAGCAUGCACGACUAACGGAAUUGCAAUAAUUAGAACAUUUUGUUGCAUUUGCAAUAUCGAGUGCAAUUCCUAAUUAGAAUAACAGGUGUCCAAAUCGGUGGAAUAUGGAUGAGGAUGAACCCAGUGAAAGUAUAUGGACAGGAGAUUACCAAUAUUUAUCAAAUUCAACAACGUCUUUAUAUCCACCGACAAUAAUUGCAACACAAAUUGCAGUUGUUGAUCCUCUGCUUCAGAAUCCGAUACCAGCCGAAAUAUUCCGUUACAUCCAAAUAAUAUCAUUAUCCCUCAUCACUAUCUUAGGCUUUGUGAGCAAUUUUCUGGUACUUUUACUCUUCUACAGAAAGCCAACUUUAAGGAGCUUUUCCAAUAGAUUCGUUCUCAAUCUCACGAUAUCUCACUUUUGGCAAUGUAUCCUGACAUUGCCUACAACAGUAAUGUCUGUGGCAGCAGAAAAAUGGCUAUUUGGCGACAUUACAUGCAUUAUAAGUGGAUUCCUGUUCAUAACGCUGAUCAUCACUUCCGUGCUGACCCUGUUACUUAUUGCUCUUGAUCGUAACUUUGCUGUCAAUAGUCCUUUGCAUUACACCAUGACCAUCACCAAGAAACGCACAGGUUUUUUGAUCUUCAUGACAUGGUUCAUCGGGGUGCUGGUCGCCUCACCGCCAUUUUUCGGCGUAACGGAUAUUAAAUAUCGACCACAAUGGCACAUGUGCACACUUGAGUGGGAGCAUAACGAAACUUACAGUUUGGCAUACGGGAGUGUCCUAAUUGUUCUUGGUUUCAUGGUACCGUUCCUCACGACAAUAUGCGUCUAUUCAUCAAUGUUCCAAGCAGCCAGAGACAAUUCUGAGAGAGCCAGAAAACACAGUGUAAACAGUACCAUUGUAGAAUCUACCCUUCCCGAAACGUCUAGAGUAUCUUCUUUGCCCCCUAAAAAGAAAUACCGCAGGUGGAGUUCCGGCUCUAACCAGUUUUUUGGCGAAGAAUGGAAAGCAGUUAGGACUGGACUUCUCGUUGUGAUGACAUUUACACUAUGUUGGCUGCCAUACUUUACAGUGACGUCCUUGGAAACUUAUUUUUAUGCCAGCAACAAAAUACCAGAUUAUGUUUUGUUCAUCGUUAUUCUAUGCUCUUCUAGUGCUUGCAUUAUAAAUCCUUAUUUAUAUGUGUUUAGGAAUAAAACAUCUCGCAAACAUAUUAAGCAAAUAAUUUGUCCCACUAAUCUCACUAAAAACAAAAAAUGGAUUUUCCAAAAGGAAAACAGAGACAAAAGUAAUCCCACCACACUGAAUCCUUGCAUCCUAACUGCUAGUCUUGAAAACGAAGGGUCAGAGAAAGUGAAAGCUCUUCCUGCUCUGUAUCAGGACAUUGAUGGCCAAUGGCAAGUAUUCAGUACAUCAGAAGAAAGAAGUCGAGACGAUAUCGAUGAAACUGUAUCAAAUGUAUCAGAUGAUGAUUUCUUCGAUAGUGGGAUACACAGCUUACCAACCAGGAAGACUUUCAAAACUUCGGGUGGAAAUGUGCAAGCUAUAUACAAUAACUCUUUUACUCGCAGUGCCACUCUGAAAAACACAUCUAUUACGCAAGGUAAUGCUUCGAGCAAGUUGUUGCUUUUCCGAAUGAAGACAAGCGUGAAUCGAGAUUCCACGAGCAGCGACACAACAGAUAACUGCAGUAUUUCGUUGGAAAGCACCAAUAGCAAUGAACAGCAUGGUGACUCAGAUGUUGUGCUGCCAUCUAGACGUGGCAUUGGAAAGUAUCUUUUCAAUACUUCUGAAGAGCUUUUCGAAUCCAGGCCUGCCGUGACAUAUCACAAGAAGCCAGUUGCUUCGAAUGACGAACAAAAGAACACGAGUGAAACGCGAAAGGGCAUGUCGUCUUUUGGAAGUGCGAGAAGAAAAUCCUUCAUUCACAGCCACAUAAGACACAAGAAAUCCAGCGAAACAACCCUAACGUCUUCAACUGCUUCAGAAACCCUUGAUUCUUCUUCAGCAAAUUCACUUACAAAGUCUAGUAGCAAUUGUAAUAGGCCUAAGUUAAUCAGGCAAGUACAAACUAUUGAACCCCCUGAAGAACAUAGUGAAACUUGACUUAGAUAUCCCAUAUAAAAAUACUGAUUUUAAUUAGACCUUGCUUUAAUUUAAUUUUAAGGCAUCGCCAUUCUGACCAGUUUCUAAAUACAGAAAUGCUAAAACGUUAGGAACGGGGUUGAAAGUCCAUA